AGUGAGAGCAGCAAGAUUUUCGGUUUGACGUUUUGGCUGCUUUUCUCCCGUUCCCGCUGGCUGUUAAGAAUUAGAUAUAAUUAACUUUUUUUGAAGAUCACACAGCCAGCGAAGCAGCCAUGGGCGAUAUCAAGCUGGCUCCGCUGGCGCAGCAGGAACAUGCCAAGGAGCUGGAUGCGCUCACUCCGCCCGUCAGUCCGCGCCGUGUGCCCUCGGAGCUGCAGUAUCUGGGCAGUCUGGACAAUUUGACGUUGAGCUGGACGGAUCUGAAUGUGUUCAUCCCGGCGGCGAAGAAGUUGUGCGCCUUCGGUCGCAACAGCGAGCGCCCGCCCAGCAAGCACAUCCUGCACGAUCUCAGCGGUCUGGUGCGGUCCGGGCAGUGCGUGGCGCUGAUGGGCGCCAGCGGCGCCGGCAAGACCACGCUCCUCAACGCGCUCAACGGGCGCAGUCGCGGGAAGAUCCAGGUGGAAGGCAGUAUCGCGGUGAACGGGAAGAAGAUCGGCUCAUCGGGCAUCACCGCCAUUUCCGGCUACGUCCAGCAGGUGGACCUGUUCGUGCCGACGAUCACGGUGCGGGAGCACCUGCACUUCCACGCCGCGCUGCGCAUGGACCCCUCCAUCGCGCACUGGGUGCGGCGCAACCGCGUGGAGGACGUGAUCAACGAGCUGGGCCUGGCCAAGUGCGCCACGGCCUUGAUCGGCGGCGGCCACCGCAAGGGCAUCUCCGGCGGGGAGAUGAAGCGGCUGGCCUUCGCCUGCGAGGUGCUGACCGACCCGCCGCUCCUCUUCUGCGACGAGCCCACUUCCGGGCUGGACUCCUUCAUGGCGCAGACGGUGGUGGAGACGAUGAACAAGGUGGCCGCCAAGGGCAAGCUGGUCAUCUGCACCAUCCACCAGCCCUCCUCCGAGACGUUUCUGUUGUUUGAUACGCUGCUGCUGCUGGCCGAGGGACGGACGGCGUGGUUGGGGCCGCGGGAGGAGGCCGGCGAGUUCUUUCUGAAUCUGGGCCGGCCGAUCCCGGAGGACUACAACCCGGCGGAUUUCUACGUGAACGUGCUGGCCAUCAUCCCCGGGAAGGAGGAGGCCUGCCGCGAGCAGGUGCGCUACAUCUGCGACCAGUUCGCGCUGACGGAGCGCCACCAGACCAUGACGAGCGAAGCGCACCAGCUCAUCCAGGACGCGCAGGACACCGGGGAGAAGAAGAGCAAGAUGGGGACGUACAAAGCCAGCUGGCUGGAGCAGAUGCGCGCCGUGUUGUGGCGCGCGCGCACCACGAUGAAACGCGAGCCGAUGCUGUUCCGUGUGCGCGUCAUCCAGUCCAUCGUCGUCGGCCUCAUGUUCGGCUUCAUCUACUACCGGCAGGACAUGACCAGCGAGGGAGUGAUGAAUAUCAACGGCAUUCUGUACAUGUUCCUUAUGCAGAUGACGAUGGGUAACGUGUUCGCCGUGGUGGGCACCUUCACGGGAGAGCUGCCCAUCUUUUUGAAGGAGCACGAGUCGGGCAUGUACCGCAGCGACGUGUACUACCUGUGCAAGAUGCUGGUGGACCUGCCGGUGUUCCUGCUGAUCCCCUUCGUCUUCAUCGUCAUCGUCUACUGGAUCGUCGGCCUGUACCCGACGGCGGGCGCCUUCUUCACCAACUGGGCGCUGUGUGCAUUAGUGGCCAACGUCGCCGUCAGCUUCGGCUACAUCGUCGCCUGCGCCUUCCCCACCACGCAGGCCGCGCUGGCCGUGGGGAUGACGCUGCUCCUGCCCAUCACGCUCUUCGGGGGGUUGUUCAUGAGUCUGGCCAGUAUUCCCAACUGGUUGAAAUGGAUCGAGUACUUAUCAUGGUUCCGUUACGCCAACGAAGCGUUGGGCAUCAACCAGUGGCUGCACGUGGAGAACAUCACCUGCAGCGUGGGCAACUUCACCUGUCCGCGCAGCGGCCGCCAAGUGCUGGACGCCAUGAACUUCGACGUGGAUGAUUUCUAUUUCGACAUCGGCAUCCUCCUCGUCAUGAUCGUCGUGUUCCGCUGCAUCGCCUACAUGUUCCUCUACCUCCGCACCAAACGCUAGAUGCCCGCUCACCAUUCCGUCCGCUUCUGAAUCAAAAAGUCCCCUCCUUGCCGCUACUUUCGCCGCUAAUGCAGUUUCAUUGCCACUGUGACAGUUUCCUGCAAUCUCGCAAUUCGGAUUUGUGCAGUAAUUUAUGUAUUCUAUUCUCCGUGUGCCGUUUGAUCCUAGUCAGUGCCGUUUGAGUCUCGGUUUGGAUCUGAUCAGAAAAUAUGAUUAAAUUAAAGGUCACUUCGAUGCGCCAGGAAAUUUCUUGGCGCAUAGUCAAUUUGCUGUGCGCCCGGAAAUUCGCCGCCGAAAUCAAGAUUUAUGGAUUGAAAUUAUUAAUAACCUAAUACUGU